CACUGCUAUAUAGUAGAGUAAGUAGCAUUAAAUGAAAAAUACUCAAGUAAAGAAAGUAGCCUAAAUUGUACUAUUGUACAAACAGAAAAGGUAGUAAACGUUUAUCAGACAAGUCACUAUUACUAAAUCUAAGUAAAUACGUCAAUAACAAAAUUUGACUGACAAUUGAGGUUUUAGUUGGCAAACUUACACAAAAAAAUGUUAGCUGGUUAAUGCUAAUUACACCGUACCUGGCGCUAUGCACGCCAUAGUGAUAUAAUGUGAAGUUACUUUAAUAUUUAGUUGCUCUCAUGUAUGUUUUGAUAGGAUUUUCUUUUUAAAAAUUUAAUUCCUAACAUCCAAAUGUUGACAUGUUUGUUUUGAAAUAAGUUUUGGCUUCAUGGUGUCAACUUCAACAUUUUUUUUAGAUCUAAUUAUUUAAUGUCUUCUUGAUCACAAUGUAAAAAGCAACCUUUUAAGUAUUAUCAACAAGCUAACAUUUCUUCGACGAUAGUUAGCUUUAGCGUAGCUCUGGGCAUUAAGUGUCCCAAGGUACCAAAUAUAGGAAGAAAAGGAGUUGGAAAAAUAAGAUGAGAAGUAAAAUACAAAUGAAACAACUUUGUUUUACUAACUUACUGCAGGUUACAGGAAAUAAGUAAUUAUUUGUUUAUUUUUAGACUCAUUUAAAUGAUUUAACAGUAUUAUUUAUUAAUGCAAUCGGUUCUAUUUUUGACUUGUCUGAACUUGUUACUGCCUUUUGUUUUGGUGCCACAGAGUUUGAUAUCCGAGAAACUGAAUCCACUUUUGGCUUUGAGUCCGUUAAGCUUAGUUGUCAGCAGCAGAGAAUCGCUGCUAUUCUAACGGGACAUCGGGCCACUUGACAUACAUCCCGCCGAGCCGCCUGAGACUCGAUGUUGAGUAGCUAUGAAAGGAAGCAGUCAUAAGAAGAUGAAAAAGAGGUGAAAAAGAGGUGAGAGAGAGAGAGAGAGAGAGAGAUGAGGUCUCCCAAAGAGACCACUGGGAGGGGUGAUGAUGGGAUGCAAGUUUAAAGACUUGAAAGAGGGCGAGAGGCGGAGGCUGGGAGGGAAACUCCCUCCCGGUUAUGAACAACUGUUACCCUCUCUGAGCUCCACACAGGACACUCUCACUGCUGCACAGCUCUGCUUUUAGAUGCACUAGAGCUGCCACACGUUUGAAAAAACCCAAGGACUUACAAUCGGGGAACAAUUUUCUGGAGUUACCGUUUUCUUAAAUUGGAUUAGGAAAGACAUCUGGAGCCUCAGAGAUGUGUGGGUGGGGUGCGGUCUCUGGAAUGGAUGAUUAAGCACUCAAAGAUGACUGGAUAAAAGCUUCCAGCAGUGACUGCUCCACAGGGGCGGGUUCUCACGGGGUAUCUCGUUGAGCAUUGACUCACUGCAGGUGUGAACUUCAUUUUCCUUGUGAGGUCAUGGAGGAUCGGGAGGAAACCCGAUGACACGGCGCUCCGAUUUCACUCCAAUCUGGGGCACCUGCUCAUCACCCAAAUUGCUUUCCAUCCCCCGAGUUCACAACUUCAAAAGCUCAGACGGAUCUUCCACAGGGGCAUAGUUUGUCUGUAUUCAAAACACAUUGGAAAGGCUUGUAAUUAUGCCCUCACUCUCAUUAUCUCUGUUUCUUCUGCUGCACGACUGAGAGGUGAAGGGAGAAGAGGAUCAGAGGUUGAGGAGUCUUUUUUUUUUUUCGUCAAGAUUAGAGAAGGUAGAGGAGGGAGAGAGGAAGGCAAAGAGGGGAGGGAGAGAUAAACAGAGGCAGUUUAAGGCGGUAAACACGUCCUGUUCCAGAGCCAGCUCUCCUCUAAACACACCAGGCGUAGAUCAGCAUCUGUCUGACACAGACAGGACCAACUGGAGUGAGUAGAGAACACUGUGGUUGUCAGUCUGGAAACACUGGAGCGAAGAUAAACUGUCGAGAAAAAAGCUGAUUAUUUGUGAGAUUAGACAAAUCUUGAUUUGUCAGCAGAGAAGAAGAAACGAGGCAAACCUCAGCCAUGGACGCGUCCCACAGCUUCUCUUGUCUCUGCAGCGAGAUGAAACAGCAGCGCAAAAGCAGGAGCAGAGUCCUCCGCACUACAUCCACCUCCAGGCCCCACGGGCCUCUCCUCCACCCCAGGACCCUGCUCCUGCUGCCCCUGCUGCUGCUCCUCUGUCUCUCCCUGUGGAGCCAGCAGGCCGAGGCCCUGGUCCCCUCCAGUUUCAGACGGCUCAGCGGCCGCGAGAAGAAGGAGAUGCAGAAGGAGAUCCUGUCCAUCUUGGGCCUGCCGGGGCGACCCAGACCGCACCAGCCGCUACGGCCGCCCUCCUCCGCACCGCUCUUCAUGCUGGACCUGUACCACGCCAUGGCUGCUGAUGGGGGGGAGGAGGAAGGGAAUGAGAUCAUUGUAAACGGGCCCGGGAUGGGAAAGUUUGGAGGGGCGGAGAGGUUGGCUCAGGUCAGCCACGCGGUCCUGCCCACGCUCGGCACGUACACUCCACCGCUGGGCACGGUGGUCAGCGAGGCCGACACAGUGAUGAGCUUCGUCAACCUGGGUGAGUGA